GCGGAGGCCGCUCAUCCAGGGGCGGCGCGGAGCCGAGCCGCUCGCCCAGCCGCCAGUGCCCGCGAGCGCCGCGCCUGCUCGGGGAAUCCACUUCGCUGCUGCUAGACGCUUCUCGCUCACGCUUGCUCUCUCCCAGGCUGCUUCCCAUGGCUUUUGCUCUGCGGCCGGAGCCUAGCCACUAACCAAGAAACUUUUCCAGCUGUCUCUUCUCCCCACCCCCUUCCAGGAGAGGAUUAAAAGUUCCAAGAACUGGUGCCGCCAGUGCCACUUGGGUACUCGCCGGCGAGUUCCUAGUCUCAGCCAUGUGCACCAACAUAGUUUACGAGUGGCUGAAAGCGUUACAGCUCCCGCAGUACGCCGAGUCCUUCGUGGAUAAUGGCUACGAUGACCUGGAAGUGUGCAAGCAGAUCGGAGACCCGGACCUGGACGCCAUCGGGGUGCUGGCUCCCGCGCACCGCCGGCGCAUCCUGGAGGCUGUGCGCCGGCUGCGGGAACAGGACGCGGCCGCCGCCGGCCUCUACUUCACGCUCGAGCCUCAGCCGGUGCCACCCGCACCGCAGGUGGACGCGGUGCCCCCAGGCCGCCGGGGGGAGCCAUGUGGCGGCUCGGCCCAGGGUACUCGCGGGGACCCCCGUGGCCAGGCGAGCGCUCCCCGCAGCAGGGAGCUGGUGAGCUACCCCAAGCUGAAGCUGAAGAUCAUGAUCCGGGAUAAGCUGGUCCGCGAUGGCAUCCACCUGAGCAAGCCCCCGUACUCGCGCAAGGUCCCAAUGGCUGGCAUCCUAGAGUACUUAAUGAAUUGGCCGAAGUCAUCACAGAACCGCUAGAUAUCAUUUUUGAGAGCCCGUGGAGGACUGAUGAGGUGCUGAAGACUGAAAAGGGCAUAUUUAGAAUCUUCUUUCACAAAGGGAACUGGAUGGUGACUCUGGAAACACUCAUCAGCUUAAAUUUCUUGCUUGGAAAAUUCUGGAAUAAUCAACUUAGUAAGCUGAAUCACUUACUUGUAGCUAGGAAUAAGGCAGCAACAUACUGCCCAUGAAAAGAUACUGAACUUGGUUUUAAAAGGAUACUCCAUGCGGGAAGAAGUCUGAUACAUCUCUUGGAAUUUCUCUCCUUUGCUCUUUGAAUUUUUCAUCAUACUAGAUGGGGUUGAUUAAGGCUUGUGGGUAAUUACUAAAUUUGAGUAUAUUAUACAAAAGUAGGUUUCUUACAAUAGCUAAUUAAUUAUACCACUUUCAAAUUAGCCUCUAUCUCAAGAACAGUAACUUUCAUCUUAUAUAUUAACAUACAUGUUAUUUUACUUUGCAUAGGGCUCUGUUUUCAUUAAGCUAUGAUAUUUCAUUUAAUUUUAUAUAAAGUAGUUUGGUGAAGGAACUCUUAUUUUAGGUGCUUUAUAUAGUAAUUUUAUAUAUGAGUAUAACCACAACACUGACAGAUUAAGGAAGAAAUUAUUUUCUGACUUUUAAAAUUGAAUGUGGUGGAGGUGUGGCUGUCACUGUUAAGAGUACCACGUCCUGACAUGACAUUGAAGACAUGUCAGCUGUUUUAUUCUUCCUUGCCUGGAGACUUCUCCAGCCUCCCCCUUCCCAAGAUGCCUUGUCUCCCGCUCUUUGGUAGGCUUCUGACACCAGUUUGGGGGCAGGGAAGUGGAUGGUGGCAAUAGGUAAGAGGACUGGUCCAUGGACCUGGACUGGAGGAGGACAGAGGAAACUGAGUGGGAGUAAGAAAAUUAGGAUGACUCUAGAGAUUUUUUUUUUCUUUCUCGUCAUUAUUUCCUUUGGGUGUUGGAGAUGCCACAGUGAUGAUGGAGCCUGACUUAGAGGAGAGAGGGCUAUGGGAGGUUUAACAGUGCUGCAGACUUCUGGGGCUGGCCAGUGUAGAGAGCCCUGCCAACUGUUCUGUAUUGCAGAAUCGUCCCUUCGCUACUCAGAAGGACAUCAAAGAUGCAAGCUUAUGUCAUUGUAAUUAUGGACAAGAACAGGAAACUUUUAGAGGCAAGAGACUGACAGUCACCUUGUCUCUGGGAAUAGGCAGGCAGUUAGGAAGGGCAGGCAGGUCCAAAGGCCUUCAUGGCACAAUACUGUUUUUAAAAUAAUGAAGUUCAAACACUUGAGCUGCCUUCAGACAUAAAAUUUGGGCACCAUGCAAAGCCUUUCUCCAGAUUAAACACAAAUGUAAGGAAAUUAGCUUCUAAGAGUAUGUGCGAGUUGGUCCUUCUGUGCUACAUACAAUCAAACACUCAUCACCUUUUCAUAUAAGCUAGUCUUUAAAAUACCUGUUAGACUUUUUUUUUUAAUAAGAGGUAUGGGUGUAGACUUUUUUUUUUUAUAAGAGGUAUGGGUGUCUGCAUAGAUUACUGAUACGAUUUAUUGUGAUAAUGAAUGGCUUCCUGGUUGAGACCUCAUUUCCAGGUGCCACAUCUGUGACAGAUUUAUUUCACAGAUGUACAUUUGCAUGCAUUUGUUGAGCUAUGGCUAGCAAGGACCCAUUUUCUGAAAAAAUCUAUUAUUUACCCUAGAGGCAAAAAGAAUCGAAUCCGUUGCAACCAAAAAAGGGCUCUCAUGUCUUUUCAAGUUUUAUUUUCCAUUUGAAUGAUGUCCAACUUCAAUUAUUUGGCUAAAUUUAAAUCUUGUCCCUAUGCCACUAUUGGAAUUUGAAAUUAACAAUAACCUACCUUAAUUAUGAGUCACAAUUUAAAAUGGUAGACUUGCCAGUGAGUCUGAAAGACUUCUUAGGUAAAGGUAGAAGAAUAAAACUCUGUGAAAAGAAUCAGUGAAAAGAAGCUUGCUAACGCCUGUGCAUUAAGUCAAGAUGAGCUAAGACAGCAUAUCAAAGGAAUUCUGACCUUGAAUUGUAUCUUUUGGGACUAAUCUUUAGGAAGAGUCAAUUUCUCACUGUGCCUUUUCCUUUUAUCUAAACACUGGUGAUUUCCUUAAUAUCUAAAUAUAAAAGAUGAACAAGACAGCAAGACUCAUGUUUGAUUAUGUCAAUUCAUAGUUCUCCCCUCAAAUAAGUCAUAAGUGACAGGGUCUUAUUUCAUAAUAUUGAGAGGUAUAGAGAAUAAUAGCAAUUUUUUUCAUCUUAAAAAAAAUUGGGGAAUGUAUGAAGAAAUCUUAAUCAUGCAAAAUGUUGACAGCACAUAUAUGUAAUCCCAGCAGAAUUCCAAGUCCAAGGCUAGCCUGAGCUAUGUAAGGAGAUUCUGUCUCAAUAAACACAUCAGAACAAAAUAAAAUAAAAUAGAAGGGACUAUGGAUACAGCCCAGUUAGUCAAGUUUGUGCCACACAAACAUGAGGAUCAGGGUUUGAGCCCUAGAAUCUACCAGGUAAAAAAGUCAGGUGUGGCAGUAUGCACUUAUAUUGCCAGCACUGGGUAGAACUGGACAGCAGACCCCUGGGGCUUGCUGGCUGGUCAGCCUAGCCUACUUGGUGAGUCAUAGGCCAAUGAGGACUCUGUGUCAAAGCAUGCAAUCAAAACAGAAAAACUAAAGGAAGUGUGCCUACAGAGGGACACCUGAAGCUGACUUCUGGCCUCCACAUGAGUAUGCAUUAGUGUGCAUGUGUGAGCACACACAUGCACAUACACACACACACACACACACACACACACACACACACACACAUGGAAACACAAUUAGUGAGUGAGGAAAAGGAGGAGGGAGGGAAAGAGAGAUAUUUCUGGACAUAGGGAAAAAUAACUAUUUAAAGAAUAAAGCCAGCCGGGCGGUGGUGGCGCACGCCUUUAAUCCCAGCACUCAGGAGGCAGAGCCAGGCGGAUCUCUGUGAGUUCGAGGCCAGCCUGGGCUACCAAGUGAGUUCCAGGAAAGGCGCAAAGCUACACAGAGAAACCCUGUCUCGAAAAACCAAAAAAAAAAAAAAAAAAAAAAAAAAAAUCUCAGAAGAAACAUAAUUUAUAGCUAUUCAAGGUGGUAGUUUCUCAAUCCAGAGGAUCAAGUAGUUUCUUAGAUCAGAGACAUUUGCAUCAUGGUUGGUAAUUUGAACUACAGGAUGACAGUGAGCAUUAAGUUUUUCCCUUGAAAUUACUCAAAUCAUAGUUCAAAUUCUAGAAUGAUCCCAGUAGUGUUUUCCUGUGGUGACUCUCCUAGGUGCACAAGCUCCAAAGUAUCUUGAGGAAUCAUUGCAAAUAAUUCUGAAAUGAAAGCCUCUUUUCUCUCGUCCAUAAAAUGGCAAAAAUAAGUCUCUCCUCCACUUAAGAGGCUUAAGAGUUACAGCUUAUAUCUCUUCUCAGUCUUUGGCUCAGGCACGGCAUCAGCAGGCACUGACUGUCUCUCUCCCUACCCCCUUGCUGAAUUUCAGUUAUUUUCUUCAUUUCUUCUUAUGUGGAAGAGAUUACCUUCAAACCAACCGGAGAAUUCAAGUAUAUAUUGACAUGUCCUGCUGCUGCUGUUCAUUAAAUAAGGCCUCUCCCCCCACCCCCGUCCCCGCCCUUUAAGGGCUCAGAAUAGCUACCUUGUGCUAUCACACUAGGAAUUCAGUGAAUGAUUAGUGACUGAAUGCAGAGAAUUUGACUUAACAAUAGGCUGAGGAGAUGGCUCAGUCAGUAAGAUGCUACCCUUUCAAGUACACAGGACUGAGUUAGACCCCAGAAUCCUCAUUUAAAAAGUACAAGUGCUUGUAAUCCAGUGAUGGGGAGGUGGGGACAGUUGGAUACCUGGAGCUAGACUGGCCUACUUGAUGAGCUCCAAGUCAGUGAGAGACCCUGUCUUUCUCUCACACACACAUGAGGAGGAUGGCAUCUGAGGGACAAUAUCUGAGGUUGACCUUUGGCCUACAUACACACCUGCACCAACACACACACACACACACACACACACACACACAUACACACACACACACACACACACACAAAAAAAAAAAAAAAAAAGAGGGAUCACGUUAAUAAAGGCCAGCAUUUUUUUUCGCCUGGAGAAACUGCCAUAUGGGCACACAUGUAAAUAUUUUAUUGGCAUUCCUGUGUUUAUAACAGCAUCAGGUAUAUAAAUUUGGGGAGUGAGCGUGGCAUAUGUGUGUGUUCCUGGUUUCAUGACUUAGUUGCACAGUAAGUUCAAGUGGCUUCCCCUCAAUGCUGCAGCUGUGGUGAAUCCAGCCAAAGAAUGACACGGAUGAUGAGGAACCAACCAGCCCUUUUGUAAGCGUUAAAGAGAAGCCAGUCAUACCAGUGAGCAGAUAGAGAAUUGGCACCAGCAUGUCUGAAUAGUUUAUUGUUUUAGAGCCUGGGUAUCGUAAGCAGUUCACUUGAGUAAGUGGGGUUGACGAACAACCAAAAGGGAAGUUAGCGAAGUUAAAAUGUGGGGGGAAAUGCUGUACUCAUAUCUAAUGUAAGUGAUAUCUAAGUAGUUAUGAAAAUAGCUUGUCCAGGUAGAUGAACUAUGCCACACUUUCCAGGAUGGAAGGGAAUGAGAGGAGAGUACUGGAGCCAGGGACAUAAAAAUGAAGACCCAACUUCCAAUCAAUCGCCAAGUCUUAGUCCCAGUGGCAAGACUUGGAAAAUUUUUGCAUGAGAUAAGCUGGUAAUGUAGAAGAAACCCAUAGGGGUGUGUACACGGAUGAUUUACUAAAUAACAUCAGGCUGCUAAGAGCAAAGCAAGUUAGGCUUUGGUUUCUAGAACUUUCUGAUUUUACACUUAUAAUGGGUCUUAUCUUUAAUUAUAUAUUCCUGUAUCAGAUAAGCUACAGUAUUAGAUUCUUGAUUUUAAAAUCUGCUGCAGCUUCACAUUCUUAAUUUCUAAUGACAUAAAAUCCAGUGACUCCCUUGCACAAACACUAAUCAUUAGUUUAGAUAUUUCUAUUAAAUGUGAAGGGAGAAAAGAGUCGGGUAGCUUAGGAAAAUGAUUGAGCUUACCUUUCUCUUUCUACUCAUCAAAACAGGUAUUUUCCUCUUUUAAGUUGUCUAAGUUCUGGAAAUAAAAUUUUAUAUUUUAUGUUUACUGUUCAAGAUACCUUUUAGGAAAAUAGGUGGUUAAAUUCUACAGUAAGAGCUGUGUGACUAUUUUUUUCCUAUUUCUUUAUUUCUAUUUUUUAUUUUUUUACAGUUUUCUUCAAAUUUCUUUCACUGGGCCAAAUCCAAUUAGCUAAAAUCUGAACAUUCAAACUGGACAUUUUUAUAGAUAUAGUCUGUAUAAUGUGUUUCAUUAGAUGAAUUUUUUCUUACUCCAAAAAUGAAAAACUGUAUUGACUCUCCAAAACAACGUGGCAUGUUAGACAGUCUACCAUUCACUUGCAGCUGUUGGCUGGGCAUGUUAUGAGAUACAAGUUGGGUUAUUAAAGCCAUUUACUCAAAAAUUGUCUCCCAAUAGAGGUUUGUAUAUGGGGCUGAGAAGUCCACAUGAGUCUUUCCUAGUGGUCAAGCAUAGAUUUUCUGAUCGAAACCACCAUUUGGAUUUGUAAACAUAAUGGCAAAAUAAUGUUUUCCCCCUUUCAGGGUUUUUUUUUCUUUCUUUCUUAUGGAGGGACUAUAUGUGGUGAGCCUGUGAAAAGCCAAAUCGGGACAUUGUUGUGAGCCAUGUCAUGUAUGCAGCAUUGUGAUUUGCAAACAUGUUUCCCCUUCAAUAAAUGUCACAGCUUUCACAGCGGUUCCA